UCUUGAGGAGUACAGUACACAUACUCAUACAUGUACCGUUACACUUCGUAUCGUGCUGUUGUGUAAUCGCACGGGUGUUUAUUUAAUACUGGUUAUCUAACUUCUUGGUGAAGUCUUCAUCGAACACUUGACCAUGCUGCUGUAUGUAGUGGACACUGUGAUCGGACUUUCAUACUUAUUGCUUUCCUUUCUGACCACCUACGUCAACUGCCACUUCUGGUCAGUGGUGAACCAUUUAAGGCGUGUGGCCAGAUGUAGGAAGUACAGGAGUACGUGCAAGGACUGUAUCGUUAUAUUCUCCCGCUACCCCCGGCCAGGAACUACCAAAACGAGGCUCAUCCCCUCCCUUGGGCCUGAGGGCGCAGCUUACUGUCAACUGCUCAUGACUGAUCACAUACUGGACACGCUGUCAGACCUUAUGUCCACUUCCUCGCUGUCCGGAGGCUGUGAAGUAGAGGUUCAGUACCGGGGCGGAUCCCCAGAGGACAUGGAGUACUGGCUUGGAUGGCGGCGGCGCCACAUCCCCGGGCUUGUGUGGGUGGAGCAGGUUGAUGGAGACCUUGGCAACAAGAUGAAGACUGCAGUACUUAGGAAGUUCACACAGGGCAAAGAAAACGUCGUCAUCAUCGGAGGAGACAUCCCAGGAAUUACGAAGCAUGAAUUACUUGAGUCUUUCACCAAACUGCGAGAGGACCAAAAUAUGGUACUAGGACAAGCAGAGGAUGGUGGUUACUAUUUGGUGGGAUUCCAUCGAUCAGCGUGCAAAUAUAUGUCGACCAUAUUUGAGAACAUUGAAUGGGGUACGUGUAAGGUGUUUCAACAACAGGUCAGGAACGCCAAAUUGUGUGGCGCCAAACUUGGGAUUCUGGCAACGGUCCUAAGUGAUGUGGACACAGAACUGGAAAUGCACAUAUUUGAGAAAGAGGUUGGGGUCCGAAGGUCAGAAAUUGCAGGUGGCUCAUGGAGUGUCGUCAUACCUGUCCUAAACGAGGCUUUUGGAAUAAGGAAAACUCUUGAAUCUGUCGUCCAGAAUUGUAGUGACAUAAAUUGCAUUAAAGAGGUUCUCGUGUGUGACGGAGGGAGUACCGACAACACCCAUGACGUCAUCACUGCAUUUGGGCGGACGUCCCCUAUCAGGAUCAGACUUAUUCACAGCCCACCAGGUCGAGGGUUGCAACUAAGAUCGGGGGCUAACGAGGCUCGGAGUGAAUGUAUCAUGUUUAUACAUGGCGACAGUAUCUUACCACAACAAUAUAACGAGUCUGCCUUCCGAUGUCUUCAACGGCCCGGAGUGGUGGCUGGGGCGUUCAGGUUCGCACUUGAUCUGGUCAACAGUAAAGAUGUUUCCUCGGAAGACAGAUCAAUGAGAACAAAACUCUACUGGUUGGAGAAAUUCGUGUCCUGGCGCUGUGGUUCUCCCGCUGAACUUCCUUUCGGAGACCAGGGUCUAUUUAUGCGUCGUGAAAUAUACAACAAGUCCGGAGGGUAUCAUAAGGUCUACCUGAUGGAGGAUUUCAUUUUGGUUGAUACAUUGAAAGAAUAUGGUCACAUUGGAAUGGCAGAUAGGAGCCCGCUCACGACGUCAGCAAGACGCUGGCAAAAAUCGGGAUUUAUCAAAGUAACAGCAACCAAUCAUUUCAUUAUCACGUGUUACAAGUUUGGAGUUCAUCCGGACACACUGGCAAGAUGGUACUACGGGGAUAAGCUCAAAAUACAGUGAUGUGCAUCAGAAACAAGCCCAUCAGAUGCGUUAAUGGUGCUACAAAAACAAUCUCCAAUCAUAACGAUAUCUGGAAAUAAAUCAACUCAAAGAAUAAAACGCAGAAAUGUGCAUACAGUUGUAAUGUUCGGACUCUUUGAAAUGUGAACGGCACCAUCGGAAAGAGAUAACUAUUUUAUCCGGCCUUUCACCCCUAAGUUUUUCAUGCAGGAAGUAUACAACAAAUUUAGAACCAGAACUGAUAUCACAAGAAGAAACAACGUUGUAUCUUCAAACACCAUGAGUAAUAUGCAAUUAAUAAAUCUAAAACAGAGGCACACAAAGAAGAUGUCCAACAAAAUAAAUAUAACAAUCAUUAAUUGAAAAAAACCAUCUAGUAAAAACACUUAGACUGCCAACCUUUUGACGACGCAAAAUUGAGUCUACAACUGUCUCGUCAUUAACAACGUUACCGCAUUAUGACGUCACAAAAUUGUUGAGUUUUCAUAAUGUGCUGCGUAAUUGAUAGCAUGAAAUUAUUGUAAUGUGUUUUCAUUCGAGAUAAACGUACAUUAUUAAAACCAUGUUGAAUCAUGUGUGUUUAUUCUAAC